CUCUCUUACCCCAUUUCAAAAUCCCAGAUCUCUCUCUCUCUCUCUCUCUCUCUCUCUCUCUCUCAAACGGGAAAAAAAAGCUAGGGUUUCAUCAUCAUCUUCUUUCUUCUUCUUCUUCUGUGAUUGAUUGAUCAAUCCAAUCCAUCCAUUGGUCAUGGAGAAAUACGAGAAGCUUGAGAAGGUCGGAGAAGGAACGUACGGCAAGGUGUACAAGGCCCAGGACAAAUCAACGGGCCAACUCGUCGCAUUGAAGAAGACACGUCUCGAGAUGGACGAGGAAGGCGUCCCACCGACCGCCCUCCGGGAGGUCUCCCUCCUACAAAUGCUCUCUCAGAGUAUCUACGUAGUUCGAUUGCUGUGUGUUGAGCACAUCGACAAGAAUGGGAAGCCGCUUCUUUAUCUGGUAUUCGAGUAUCUGGAUACAGAUCUCAAGAAGUUCAUUGAUUCCCACCGCAGAGGUCCCAAUCCCAGGUCUCUGCCUACAUCUGUCAUUCAGAGCUUCUUGUAUCAGUUGUGCAAAGGAGUCGCGCACUGUCAUAGUCAUGGUGUGCUUCACAGAGAUUUAAAGCCACAAAAUCUCUUGGUGGACAAAGAGAAAGGGAUAUUGAAGAUUGCUGAUCUUGGUCUUGGCAGGGCCUUCACCAUCCCUCUUAAGAGCUAUACACAUGAGAUUGUUACUCUCUGGUAUAGGGCUCCUGAGGUACUGUUGGGAUCAACCCAUUACUCGACUGGAGUGGAUAUGUGGUCUGUUGGAUGCAUCUUUGCUGAAAUGGUGAGAAGGCAAGCUCUAUUUCCUGGUGAUUCAGAGUUGCAGCAACUUCUUCACAUCUUCAGGUUGUUAGGAACUCCAACUGAGGAGCAAUGGCCGGGAGUCAGAUCUCUGCGGGACUGGCAUGAAUAUCCACAAUGGAAGCCUCAGAACUUGGCACGCGUAGUUCCAUCUUUGGAACCUGAAGGCAUUGAUCUUUUAUCGAAGAUGCUUCAAUACGAUCCAGCAAACAGGAUUUCAGCAAAGGCGGCACUGGAUCAUCCCUAUUUCGAUAGCCUCGACAAGUCUCAAUUUUAACCAGCUCCCCUCACUCCACUUUCCAUGGAAAUAUUAGAGAAUGUGAGUUAGAGCGAGCUGUGAUUUGCUUUUGUUGUUUUACAUCUUCUGUUUGGUAACUUUGGUUGCCAUUGUUGUUUGAUGACCUCUUUUGGAAUUGUUUCUGAUAUAAUUUGGGUAGGGAUACAUUGAAA